AUGGUUGGCUUAGGCAAUCUAGACAAGACGGAAUUGAGACCUUGUACCCACGAAACUUCCCUGAGCGAACCUGACGUAAUGUUGCUGAAGGAAGACAUCAGCGAAAGCUCCACCACCUUGGACGAGGUCAACGACUCCCUUCGACAGCUACGUAGCGUUGUCGACGAGCAGUUAUCACGACAGAAGGAAAUCCUGCUGGAGCUGGCUAUGCAGGUGACGCAGUUGUCAGAGUCUGGUAAAAGCCUCUUCCGCCAGUUUUCAACCGACAGCGGAGCUAUGGUGACGCCCAUGACGCAAUCCAUGGAUGUGGCCCAGGCCAGCCAGCUGCAGAAGCCUCCUGACUUGCCGGCCUCUUUCGGCACCAAAGGACUCCUCACUCCGCCUCCCCCGGCCGCGCGCCGCAGCAGUCGAACCUCGGAUACUAUUCCGGAGCAGCCAGAGCAGCCUGAGCAGCCUGAGCAGCCAGCGCAGCCAGAGCAACCUCUGACUCAUAUUCUGGACCUGGGACUGCCUCAAGACUUUGGACGCGGCGUCACUGGCGAAAGCAAGCGAAGUGGGUGCACCGACGAGCUGCCAGAGCUGUCCGAGAAGUGUGCACGACAGUCUCGUCAAUCCGAGCUCCAAGCAAUGAAGGCGCAGGUCCGGAACUCCCUCACCAGUGCUUUCUCCAAAGAGCUGCCGCCGUACAUGAAGGGAAGCCGCUGGGCAGCUAGGAUCGUCUCGUCCAAGCCUUUUGCCAUGCUCAUCGCCCUCUUGAUAUUCCUGAAUCUGGUGCUACUGGGGGCCGAGGUGGAUGCCUCUGCCAACCUUCCCUUAGAUGUGCAGCUGCAGAGUUUCUACGUCCUCAACAACAUCGUUGUGGCCAUUUUUUUGGUCGAAGUGGUUCUGAAGAUGGUCGCGUUCAGCUGCAGGGGAUUCUUCAUGGGCCCUGAGAGGCUUUGGAACAUCUUCGACUUCACGAUUGUGCUCCUCAGUCUGCUCGAGAUCAUUGCUGACUUGCUUGCCCAAGCGAUGACAGACCUGGACUUUUUGGACAUCAGCCACUUGCGCGUGAUGCGUUUCGCUCGACUGGUGCGGGCAUUGCGGGGAAUUCGUGUGAUUCGCUUGCUACGCUACAUCUCUGGCUUGCGGACUAUCUUGUUCUCCAUUGUCAGUACUAUGAGCGCCGUGCUGUGGACCAUGGUGCUUCUGUUGAUGGUCUUCUUCUGCUUCGGAGUGCUGCUUGCCCAGAUAUCGACAGACCACUGCCGUCAACAAGUGGACUUGGCCUGUGCGCCGCAGUUACGCCGCUUCUGGCCCUCCGUCUCUGAAUCCAUGCUGACCCUGUUCCUCUCCAUCACAGGAGGGAUCAGUUGGGUUGAAGCUCUGCAACCUUUGCGAGAGAUCUCGGUUUUGGCUGCGAUGGCGUACUUGCUGUACAUCGUUUUGGCGGUGUUUGCGAUCUUAAAUGUCGUGACAGGCGUCUUCUGUAACAUGGCAAUUGAGAGCGCGCGGGCAGACAAGGACAUGGCAAUCUUACAGCAGAUGCGUAAGCACGAGGCGCAGGUGGAAUCACUGCGGAUGCUCUUCAAGGAGAUCGACAACGAUGGCACAAGCCUGCUGACGCUCCCGGAGCUCAAGGAAGCGGUGAAGACUGAGAACAUGGCCAAUUUCAUGCAGUCUCUGGACAUCUCUACCCAGGACGUUUGGACCCUCUUCACGUCACUGGCUUCAACUGUGUGCUGCAAUUGGCAGUUCUGGUACGAAUAA